CCGGCUACCGUGCCUGUGCCGACCCAGAGCUCGUCGGCGCUCCCGUCAAUGUCAAGGCCGCGAGGCAGGGACGACUUUGAGUUCGGAGAUAUUCUCGGAGAAGGCUCAUACUCUACAGCCGACGCGACGCUUCGUGAGGGCAAAAGAGCCUAUGCCAUCAAGGUCCUCGACAAGGUUCACAUCCUCAAGGAGCGAAAGCAGAAGUACGUCGCUGUCGAGAAGGAAGCUUUGAGCUUGCUGGUGAGACAUCCUGGCGUCAUCCGACUCUACUGGACCUUCCAAGACCAGGAGUCUCUGUACUUUGUCCUCGAGCUCGCUCCGAAUGGGGAGCUGCUGACGUUUAUCAAGAAGUAUGGGUCAUUUGACGAGAACACCACUCGCUACUAUGCCGCUCAAUUGCUUGAUGCUAUAUCUGGGAUGCAUGCGGCAGGCGUCAUCCACCGUGACGUCAAGCCGGAGAAUGUGCUGCUGGACGACCAGAUGAAUGUCAAAGUGACCGACUUUGGUUCAGCGAAGAUUGUCAACAAAGCCGACAACAAUGCUGCCUCUGGCAACGCUGCUGGCCCUCCUCGCGCUAAUUCUUUCGUGGGCACUGCAGAGUACGUUUCUCCAGAACUCCUCACUGACAAGGCCGCUUCGAAGGCAUCGGACUUCUGGGCUUUCGGAUGUGUUGUCUUUCAGAUGUUGGCUGGACGGCCCCCCUUCAAGGCGAUCAGCGAGUAUCAGACGUUUCAAAAGAUUAUCAAGAGAGAAUUCGAGAUGCCCAGUGAAUUGAGCGAAGAGGCCACAGACUUGCUGAACAACCUCCUGGUACUAGAGCCAGACCAGCGAUUGCGUGAAGACCAGAUCCGUAGUCACCCAUUCUUCAAAGGGGUAGACUGGGAUGCGCUCUGGCAGACCGAAGCGCCCGCUAUGAAGACUGGCAUUCGAGCUGCGCCUCCGCCAAAGGAGCCGCGC